AUGGCCGACCACGACCGAGUACCCGUUCCCGCGCAUCUGGCGGACCAUGAAGACGACGACCAGGCUGACCAGAGGGGCUACAUCAAGGGCACCGACUAUGCGCUGCCCUACUUCUCGCGCUGGUCGCGCAUCUACGAGAAGGAGGUCGACAGUGGUCUGCUGCGCCAUGUCAACUGCGGCUACCUCUCGACGCACGGGGUGCCGCCGACGCUGCUCGCGCUGAAGCAGCACGCGCAAUCGCUGUGCGUGCUCAUCCAUGCGCUCAACCCAACCCUCAACUCGGGCGAGAUCGCCAGCGGCGACCCAAAAAGGGCGAGGCUGGACGCCACAGGAGAGGCAGACCCCCAGGCAUUGAAGUUCGAGCUCAACGACGCCUUCGACUUCCUCACCGACCUCACCAUCCCCUACACCAACGCCGACCCGAACCACCACAAGCCCUUGCACGCGCUGGCCAACGAAGUCCGCGGCCGUCACGAAGUAGCCGGAACAACCUACCACUGCCCGUUCGCCGAAACCAAACCGCGUUCCAAAGGCGACAAACAGAAACCCUACGCCAACCACCACAACCUGAUCAUGCACGCCAACGCCUGCCUGGAACGUCUCGACCACGAAUUCAGCAGCACCGGCGGCCUGCUCAGCCUGCUGCCCCAAACAGAACCCGAAACCUCAUCCACCCAGCACGAAUCCCCCGACCUCCACAACGCACGCAAAUCCCUCCUCGGGCAAUGGCUCCUCUUCACACAGCACCUCGUCGCGCGCAUGCACGACCUGGAACGGUCCUACGGCAACGCGCUCGACGCGCUCGCCAGCGACGCCUCCGUUCCUUUACAACACCUCUCCACGCUCGGGCCCGACGGCCGUUCCACAGGGCGCGAAAUCGCAUACCCGCAAGACCGCUGGGUGCUGGUCAACGCCGGCGACGAUGUCUUUGCGCACGUGCAUGACCUGCUUGAUACCCAGGAGGCCAUGGUCCAGGCCAAAGAGGCAAUUUGGCACCGGAAUGGGGUUGUGGGGGAAGAGAUUUGGCGGAGGGAGCGGGGUGGCGAGGAGUAUGCGCGGGGCAUUGUGCCGGUGAAUAUUAUGACUAGGUAUUACCGGCUUGCGGGGAGGGGGAGGAAUACGUUGUUUGUGAUUCCCGCGUGGGAGGCGCAUCCCGGGGUGGGGUAUACAAGGGAGGUGGAGAGGAAGCCGACGGUUGUCAUGUCGGUGAGGCAACCUAAAGUGCCGGCGGAAAGGGCGAGUGAGUUGGAGAAGAGGUAUGAUGCGUGGGUUGGUAGGAUGAGGGAGGUGGAGAGGGAGAAUGCGGAGUUGAGGGAUGAGGAGGAGGCGGCGAGGGUGAGGACUGAGGCGCUGGAGCAUGAGAAUAAGCGGUUGAAGAAGGCGAAUGAGGCGCUCAAUCAAGCGAUCGGGUUGGAUAAUGCGACGCUGGCGGAGGAGACGCAGGGCCAGCGUAUGAGGGCUGCUAGGGCGGAGGAGAGGGUUCAGCAGUUGAUGGCGGAGGUGGAGAGGUUGCGGGCGAGGGUUGGCGGGGAGGUAUUGACUGUUUGA